UACUCACUACUUAUCCUAUUUCUGUUGCGUACGCGUGUGGCAGUUAUUAUAGUAAGCUAGCAUUAUUUUACAGCAUGUCAGAGAAAGGAGAAGUAGAUUUAACAGGUGCCAAGCAGAAUACUGGUGUUUGGCUCGUAAAGGUGCCGAAGUACCUCUCUCAGCAAUGGGCAAAAGCUACAGGAAGAGGCGAGGUCGGGAAAAUCAGAAUUUGCAAAAAAGGAAACCAAGGAAAACCAGAGGUGUCUUUCACUUUAAAUGAAGAGCUGACUACCAUUGAAGGCAUUGAGGACAAGACGGUGUCUGCACCUCGCGAACAUCCUUUCACCAUGCAGUCCGUGGGGGGUCAGAUGCUGGCGGUCUUCACGGAGACUUCAUCCGGCCAGUCAGAAGAAAGAUCUGAUGGCAGCAGCUCAGGUUCGGGGACAGGUCCAGAUAAAAUAGCCUUGGAGGGAGUGGUGGUGCAGAGAGCAGAAUGCAGACCUGCUGUUAGUGAAAGCUACAUGAAAUUAAAGCGGCUACAAAUUGAAGAGUCUUCCAAACCAGCGAGGUUGUCACAGCAGUUGUUGAAACCUGUCACCACCAACUACAAACCUGUGGCCAACCACGACUACAAUCGUGAAUACGAGCGGAAAAAGAAAGAGGAAGGCAAGAGAGCGAGAUCUGACAAACAGCAGGUUCUGGACAUGUUGUUUUCUGCAUUUGAGAAGCACCAGUACUACAACAUCAAAGACCUGGUAGACAUCACCAAACAGCCUGUGACAUACCUGAAGGAAAUCUUGCGUGAUAUUGGCAUCUACAAUGUAAAGGGAACGCACAAGAACACCUGGGAACUCAAGCCGGAGUACAGACAUUACCAGGCAGAGGAAAAAACUGAUGAAUAGGUUUUUUUUAAAAUUUGUAAAUCCUUGUAUUGUCACACAGGUUGUGACUUUGAGUUCCUAUUUCUUUACGCUAGGAUUCAACAUGGGAAGCAGUGAGAAGAGGUUUUUUGUUACAGUUUCUGCACACACGACCCUCAGCUUGACUUCCAUUAGAGAACUGUAACAAUGCUUAGCAAUUUGGGGAUUUAUUUCUAGGCUGCUUUUGAUGCCUUUUUUGUAUAAUACGUAAAAUUGUAGUGUUUUGACUGCGAGCAAUUAAGUAUGUAGGAUGUGGCAGGUAAGUAUUUUUAUCCAAAUGUGAUUUGGAUGGAACAAAUCUUCUGCACUGGAUGUUUUACUGGGUUUUAAGUGUUUUACAUUUGAUUCAUGUAAUAAAGUUGUCAGUGGAGCUAUUUUGCCUUAUGCGAGCGAUAAACAGCACAACAUUACACCUCUGGAAACAAGAGGCGUAAUGCCAGGUACAUCUCAAAAUAAUAAUGUGAAGAAAUUUAAAUUUUUUUGUCACUUAUUUCUAAAAGUAAAACUUGAUUAAAGAUUGAACUAUUUCAAACAUUUA